AUGGAACAAACCUCAAGCUUACCCUUGGGUGGCGCUCUCCAGAAGGGCUAUUUGGUACUGAAUCAGAACCGUGCAGCUGCCUUGGACUUGUUACGUACCAGCUACAAACCCUCUGCUGCUGCCGACUACAGAGGGAACGAAGACACUCAAACGUCCCAGCUGAGAGAAAUCAUCCUUGACGCGAGUGUUCGUCGCCACAUAGCAUACAAAAUUUAUCUCCGCGUUGCCGCCGCUAAACGAUGGGAGAUAAACCGCAUGAAUUCAGUGCGUGGUGGGGAACAGGAUGAGGUUACUGCACGGCUGCGAGUGAUCGACUGGACGCUACAAAAUGUGGGUUAA